AUGUCUGUGAGAGAAGUAAAUAACGGAGCCCAGAAAAGUGGAACCAACACCUCCAUGGGCCUCAUUGCCAAAAUCCAGGUGCACCUGCCCUUCAGUUGUCUUUCUCUGAGUGGUCAGGGCCAGACCAUGCUGUCAGUGCUGGUGUCCACCCUGCUGUGGCUGUCUCAAGCUGCUGCUCUCCUACCACCGCUGGAUGUUCGAGCAGCACGGACACAUCACCACCAAAGUCUGGGUGACGUGCUACAGCACUGGCAGGACAGGCUGUCUACCCAGGCUGUCUACCACCGGGGGUGCUACUUCAGGCUGUGGGUGUACAAGGCGGGGCGUCUCCUCUCCCCUAGAGAGAUAGAGUACCAGAUCCAGAGGAUCCUAGAUGACCCUUCAUCCCCCGUACCUGGAGAGGACAGGCUGGGAGCACUGACCGCUGGGGACAGGGUGCCAUGGGGUACUGUAAGAAAGCAGUACUUCAGCUCAGGGGUGAACAAGCGCCCGCUGGACUGCAUUGAGAGGGCCGCCGCCUUUGUUACCCUGGACGACGAGGAGCAAGGAAUGAUGGGAGAAGACCCGGUGGGAAACCUGAACCGCUACGCCAAUUCCCUCCUCCACGGAAAAUGUUAUGACAGGGGUGUCUGGUACUAG